AUGUCCGCAAAGCAGCAACUACGUAUAUUGGUUCCUGUGAAAAGGGUAGUUGAUUUCCAGAUCAAACCUAGAGUAAAUAAGACCUUAACGGGGAUUGAAACUAAUGGGAUUAAAUUCAGCAUCAACCCAUUCGAUGAUAUUGCUGUCGAAGAAGCUAUCAGAAUUAAAGAGAAAAACAAGAGUUUAGUAGAAUCCACACACGCUGUCUCUAUCGGCUCCACUAAAGCUCAGGAUAUUCUAAGAAAUUGCCUUGCUAAGGGUAUAGACACCUGUAGUUUGAUUGACUCUGUGGGUAAAGAGAACGUAGAACCCUUAGCCAUUGCCAAAAUUUUAAAAGCUGUCGUUGAAAAAAAGGAUUCUAAUCUGGUUUUGAUGGGUAAGCAAGCCAUUGAUGACGACUGCAACAAUACCGGUCAAAUGUUGGCAGGUUUAUUAAAUUGGCCACAGGCAACAAAUGCGGCCAAGGUGGAAUUCCUUAAUAAUGGUAAAGUUCAAGUAACAAGAGAAAUUGACGAUGGAGAAGAAGUAAUUGAAGCUUCGUUACCAAUGGUUAUUACCACAGAUUUGAGAUUGAACACUCCGCGUUACGUAGGACUGCCCAAAUUAAUGAAGGCGAAAAAAAAGCCUAUUGAGAAAUUGGAUAUAGUGAAAGAUUUUCCUGAAAUUAAUAUUGAGCCUCAGUUAAAGGUGGUGUCCAUGGAAGAACCAAAGACUAAGCCACCUGGCGUGAAAUUAAACUCUGUAGAUGAAUUGAUUGAAAAGUUAAAGGAAGCUAAGGUCAUUUAG